AUGGAACCUAUAGAGUUAAAAUCAAGCCAGAAGGACGUUCAAUCAGUGGAUAAAAAAUGGCUGUCAAUAUUUCUGAUGCUUUCUACGGAAUCAAGCGUUGAGGCGAAAACAAAGUACCUGUGUGUUGGAGGUUGGGGGAAUCGUAAAUUCCUGGAGACGAAUGAGCUGCUGGAGAAGAAAGAUGAGCUAGUACCCAACAACACACUGACUAUCGGCAUUGAACUCACCGUCUUUGAUAGCUUCACGACCAUCUCCAACAGCUUAUUUGGCUGUCUUAACCAGGAGCAUCAACGCUCGCUUGCGGCUGAUGAUUUCAAAGGUUCAGCGAUACAGACGAUACUCCAAGCAAUCUCCAAGGCCCCAAAUGUUGACCUGCUAAUUAAGCGGAUUCUAAACACAAUACAACUUGAUUGUCAGCAUGGAUCCAAAAAAGCGUAG